AUGGCACGGAGCGACAGCGCGUCGCCGCUUGCGGCGUGGACGCUCGGCUACGACAAGAUUACGCCCAAGCAUACAAAACUCGCCAAUGUUCCGGAUGUCAUGAUCGGCUACACGGACCCAAAGACCCUCGUGAAGCAGGACAAGAACGCGCCGGUGGCCAACAAGCCCAUCGACGCGAGUGCCAUCCAGGUGUCCAAGGCAUGGGAGGCGGCAAUGGCACCUGCCAAGAGCAUCCCGAUGAAUCUCAUGAUGCUGUACAUGAGCGGCAACGGUGUCCAGAUCUUUAGUAUGAUGGUCGUCUACAUGACCGUUGUCAAUCCCCUCAAAGGCAUUACCACGGUGAAUACGGUCUUUGCGCCGUACCGCAGCGAGAAGCACUCGGUCCUGCCGCAGAUGCUGCUGUUUGUCGCAUGCCAGCUUGCGUGCACGGCCAUUGGCCUGUACAAGUGCUGGAGCAUGGGCCUGCUCCCGACCGAGAGCAGCGACUGGCUUGCGUGGUACAAGGCCCCGCAGCCGCUCGAGUGGACGCCGACGUUGGCAUAG